GACGAAUGAUCGGCCAUAAACGUUGCAUCCCGUGGCAGGCUCUCACAGUCGAGAGUCGGACUUGAACCUGGUUGGAUCGGAUCGAGGACGAGAAGAAACCAGUCAUCUCAUUUUUGCCUACACUCCGCAUCAAAUUCUUCUCACUGUACUUUCACUCAAGGCGAAGAUGACCAAGGUAGCCGUACUUCUUUUCGUAGCUCUGAUCGCGAUCGUCGGUGCCACUCAGGUGAACCAUUGCGGCUCUGAUGAAAAGUAUGAGGAUCAGAAUCAGAUUAAAAUUACCGGCUGCAACACGCCACCAUGCAAAUUGAAACGCAGGACGAAGGCAUCAAUCGAGCAGAAGUUCGUACCUGAUCGUGAUGUCGAAAACGCGGUAACAGUGGUGAACGCGGCGAUUCUCGGCGUACCGUUGCCAUUCGUCGGCGUCGACGGGACGAGCGCUUGCAACAGCAUCUACAAUAUGGACGGAACUCCGGCUGGCUGCUCGCUGAAACAAGGCGUCGAAUACAUUUACAAAAAUGAGUUUUCCAUACUGGCAAUCUAUCCUACGGUCUCGAUGGUCAUUCACUACGAGUUGAAGGAUGGAGAUCACUCGAUCGCGUGUUUCGAAGUCCCGGCGAAGAUCGUCAACUGAACAAGAGACGCUUUUAUUCUGGAAGGUCGAUCGCGAGAUUAAGAAAUAAUUAAAUUUCGCGCUGCCGCACCGUUGUCAUUGUCAAUCCAUAUACAUAUGUUUGUGCAUACAUACAAAUCUGCGUCGUAGUCGUAAGUCGUAACUUGGACGAUGCAACGUGAAAGAGAUGCAAUAUGCAACGUACGAAGUAAAACGAAACGAUUGCCACGUCGUAGCUUUAUUUAUCAGCGAGCUUAAUCGAUAUAAUAAUUAGAUAACGAUUAAGGUAACGAUAUUGACGAUGGACGAUAUAUACGCACGUAAUUAUAAUUGUAAUUGUUAAUAAAAGCUUUUGUAUAAUUCUGUUAAGA